GUCAACAUCAGGUAAUCAUUCUUCUUGAGCCUGAGAGAGAGAGAGAGAGCUCUGAAGCUUUAAUGGCGGCAAACUCCGGCAUGCAGUUGUUCUCUUCAUCCGGCGAUUUCGCCGAUUUCGAUUUCGGGUUCGGGUUCGGGUUCGCAGGCGAUUGUCCACAGGAGGCUGCUUUUCAUCCGCCUCCUCCUUCCGUUGAAGUGCUUCCCUCGGAGGUUUCUCAAAAUGUCAAGUACACUGUGGAGCCUGUCAAUCUGGGAGAACUCACGUUGCUCAAGGGCCGGGUCAGCACCCAUGAGGUCUUUUCCUUGUCAAAUUCGGACUUGGUGCCUGGGAAAUAUGAAGGAGGACUGAAGCUAUGGGAAGGCUCGAUGGACUUGGUUAAUGCCCUCCAGUCAGAAAUCCAAGCUGGGCAUUUAUCAUUUAGUGGCAAGAGAGUGCUAGAGCUUGGAUGCGGUCAUGGACUUCCGGCAAUCUUUGCAUGCCUUGAGGGUGCUCCUACUGUUCACCUACAAGACUUCAAUGCAGAGGUGCUGCAAUGUCUAACCAUUCCAAAUAUGGAUGCAAAUUUGAAGAAAUCCCAAGCUCCUGAAUGUAGAAUAGCAGAUAGAGAUAUUCGUUUCUUUGGUGGUGACUGGAGCAAUGUCCAUCAAAUACUUCCAUACGUAAUAGAUAAUGAAGAGGAUGCCAUUGGGGAUAAUGGCUCUGCCUCAGGGGGUUAUGAUGUGAUAUUAAUGGCCGAGACAGUGUAUUCAGUCUCCUCUCUCCAAAAUCUGUAUGAACUUGUAAAGAAGUGCAUGGGUUGUCCUCAUGGAGUUACUUACAUGGCUGGUAAGAAGCAUUACUUUGGGGUUGGAGGGGGAACUCGGAGAUUUCUGUCUUUGGUGGAGAAAGAUGGCAUAAUGACAAGCAGCAUAGUUGCUGAAGUGGCUGAUGGUUCAUCUAACCUUCGUGAGAUUUGGAGGCUUUCAUUCAAGUAACUUUGGGCUGGUCAACUGGAAAUUGAUAUCUAUAGAAAGAGAAGGUUAAUGGGACUCAUCAUACAAUGUUUCAUUCCCUUAGCAAACUUCAGUUGUCGAUGCUAUAGUUUUUCUUAGUUUCUUAUCUCAUUACCCAUGGUUUGGAAUGUGUUAUUGUGCGCUGAACUUUUGAAAACAUGGCUUAAGAUGGCGAGAUUCAAAAAUUGGGUUUGGAAUCAUCUCAUUUCUUU